CAGAUGUUGCAAGUGAUGAGGUUUGCUAUAGAGGAAAUUAACAACUCAACCUCCAUCUUGCCUGAUGUGUCCCUUGGCUAUGAGAUCUUUGACCAUUGCUCAGAAGUGCAGAAUUUCCCGUCAGUCUUUGAAUUCCUUUACAAAAAUCGUUCUGUUCUAAUUCAUAGUAAGCCUAAAGUCGUGUCUAUGCUUGGCCCCUAUGGAAGCAGUCAAACUAUUACCAUUGCGCCGUUUUUCAUGAUGGACCUUCUUCCAAUGGUAAAUUAUGGAUCAUCAAGCUCCAGAUUAAGUGAUAAAAAUGUAUAUCCAUCCUUCUUUCGAAUGAUAACCAGCAACAGAGCUCAAGUACAGCUCAUCAUUCGCAUUUUACAGAGGUUCAAAUGGACCUGGAUCGCAUUCAUAGGCUGUGACAAUGACUACAGUCGAGAUGCCCUUCAACUCUUCAUUGAUGCCAUAAGAAACACCAGCAUCUGCAUGGCGUACCAGGAUGAACUCAAAGUAGAUUCCAAACACGGCACCGUACUUGAGAAUAUAAAAAUGCUUCGUAUAAAUGUCAUCAUAGUGUAUACUUUAGAGAUGUAUGCAACUGCGUUAAUUCAAUCGGCCAUACGGAACAAUGUACAAGACAAGGUGUGGAUUGCAAGUAAUCCCUGGUCUUUGAAUAAGGCACUUCCCACGCUCCAAGGACUCAGCACCAUUGGUACUAUUAUUGGAAUAACAGAGAGGGUUGUGAGCUUACCUGGGUUUCCAGAAUUUGUCCAGAAAUCUCGGAGUGACAGUAAACAUCCUCAAUGCAAAAACGAAAAACUCCAGGAAUUUGGGGCGACCUGUAAUCAAGCUUGCUAUAACUGCUCUUACGUCGACCCGAUAAAAAUAAUUACUCAAGAUCCAUCUUUUAACUUUGCCAUUUACUCUGCAGUUUAUAUAGUGGCAAAAGCUUUACACAACAUAUUACAUUGUGGUAUAAAAGGGUGCAACAAGACUGAAAGAAUCUUUCCUUAUGAGCUUCUCAAAGAAAUAAAGAAGACAGACUUCCAACUACUGAACCAACGUGUAAAGUUCGAUGCAAACGGAGAUUCUCCUUCAAGAUACAACAUAGUGUUCUGGAACCUGGACAACUCUGAAAAUCCGUUUCAGCACGUCGGAUCAUAUGACACAGAGCCGGUUGUUCGUUUCAGUAUUAACGAAUCUCUUAUACACUGGUACAGCAAUGGAACAAUUCCUGUAUCACGGUGCUCUGAGGAGUGUGAAAAAGGCUCUGCUAGGAGACCAUAUAGAAUAUAUAAGUGCUGCUUUCUGUGUGAUGUCUGUCCAAAUGGCACCUAUGUCAAUCAGUCAGCUGAUCCGUACAGUUGCCUCCCGUGUAAGAAGAACGAAUGGUCUGACCCAGGGAGCUCUUCAUGUACAGAGCGUUCUGUGGAGUAUGUUCACAUCACGGAGCCUCUGUCAGUCCUGCUCAUGCUCUCUGUCAGCUUCAUGCUCUUUCUUGCAGCAGCCAUCGCCAUCCUCUUCGCCCGUAACUACAGCACCCCAGUUGUGAGGUCUGCGGGGGGUAAAAUGUGUUUCCUCAUGCUGGGCUGUUUGAGCGGUUCAGGUUUCAGUGUGUUCUUCUAUUUUGGCAUCCCGAACCAAAUCAAAUGUGUGCUGAGAAGCAUAUUUUUCCCUCUGUUUUACACUGUCUGUCUGUCUUGCCUCACUGUCCGAUCCUUCCAGAUAGUCUGCAUCUUCAAAAUGGCUGCCAAGCUACCCAAAGCACAUGCCUGGUGGGUCAAGUACAAUGGACAGUGGCUAUUCAUAGCAGUGGCCUCUACUGUCCAGUUAAUAUUUUCUGCACUCAGUGCUCCUAGACCCUCCAAUGACACAGUGACCUUCAAAGAUCAAAUAAUUAUGGGCUGUGACGCAACAAGUUUCAUCCCAGCCAGCUGUGCUCUGUUAUUUGCUGUCUUUCUUGGUAUUUUGUGCUUUUCCUUUUCAUACAUGGGAACUGACCUCCCCAAAAACUACAAUGAGGCCAAAUCUAUUACAUUUAGUGUGCUGCUGUUUUAUCUUUCAUGGAUUUCCUAUUUCACUAUUUACUUUCUUUACAAAGGCAAACACCUGCCCAUAUUUAAUGCAUUCUCAAUGCUGACCAGUUCAUACGGAAUUCUCUUGAGUUAUUUUGUCCCAAAGUCGUAUGUCAUUCUUUUCAAGCCUGAGAAAAACACACAAGCACACUUUCAGUCUUGUAUUCAGGAUUAUACCCAAAAGAUCAGCAGGCUGUAGAAGGCUCUUGCUGGUUGGCAUAAUGAACACUGAUUAUAUUUCUACAAGGAUGGCACAUUUAGUGAAUUUUCCCAUUCUAUACCGAAGGUUUUUUAAACCAGUAAUUUUUGUAAAUUAAGGUAAAAGAUAGUUAAGAACCACAUGGAAGCACAAUGUCAACAUUUUUCCAUUUUUAUUUACUUGCUAGUAUGUGCAUACAGGGAAAUAUUUGUAGUUCAUUCUGGCUCAUCUCCAAAGGGCCAGCAGGGGGCGUUUGGUGCAUUUUUAUACUUUAGGAAAUGUGAGUCAAGACAUGUUAGUAGUGGAUGUGAGUGAACAAGUCAGAAGAAGCAGCAAUUAAAUCCCUGAUUUAACCUGUACAUGUUGAUAUUUCAGCAGGUGGGCUGUCAAUUGUAUAUAAACCUGUUCAAUGGUAAUAAUGCAUACUCAUGAUAAAAUUAGGUUUUAUUGGUGUAAAUUAACUAAAUGAGGAGUUUUAUCCCAGUGUGUGUAUUAUACUUCAAGAUCUUGAGAUGGUGUGUAUUAGUCAUUGUAACUAGCCAGCUAAACCAGCUGAUAAUACAAUUAUGAGGUUCGAAUUAAUUAUACUGUUGACGUAUGUCAGCUGUCAAGUGUUAAUGUAUUUCAUGUAAAUUAAUAUGUCCCUCACAUAAAACCAGCACAUUUUAAUAUUUCAAUAGAAUUUCCAAACAUUACAUGUGUUGCACCAGAUUGGACUUAGCGUUUCAUUCCGUACUUGUAACACAAAGACCGAUG